AUGAAUAUUAUGAAUCCUAUGAUUGAAGGAGAAAAUUAUGAAGUAGUAGAUGAAUGUAACGAAGAAGAAGAUACAUCUAACAACACACAAAAUAAACCUGUAGAAAAUACAGAUAUCGAAAAGCAAUCUGAGAAUAUUGAACCCUUAGACAAAAAUGUACCAAAUAUAAAUAUAGAGCAAGUAGAAGUAACAGCUAUGGAUUCAACAAAUAGUGCACUGCCAGAUAAUUCAAAUUCUAACAAUAAUAUUCAAAGCAAUAUGUCAAAUCCAGAAAAUGAAAGUCCACAACAAUCAAAUAUGAAGUCAAUUGAUUUUACUGCAGAUAUUAAUUUAGAUCAAUUGGAUGAACUAAAAAAUAUGACAGACGAAGAUGUUUUACAGAAUCUAGAGGAAAUUGAAAAUAUGGAUUUAAAUUCUUCAAGUUUACAAGUACAAGAGGAAAAUCAAUCAAUGGAGAAAAGUACAGAAAGUAAAAAUUCUAAUUCAGAGAAUGACAGACCUAUACAAGCAAGUGAAGUAAAUGAUAAUAUUAACAUUGAUAAAAAAUUACCAGAUAAUGUUGAUAAAGACAUUAAAGGAGAAGUUGUGGUGCAGUCAGGAAAAAAUGGCUGGUAUAAAAAAAAGCUCAUGGAGAAAGAAGCAAUUAUAAAAGAACGGCUAUCAAAAGUAGCUAGAGUUUUAGGAAUUUCUUAUCCAAGUUAUGAAAAAUGGUUAGAAUAUGAAGAAAAAGUAAAUGGAUCUCCCCUAUGUAAAUUGAAACCAUCUCGGCACUGUUGCCUAGAUAAACCAUACACUAAUCGUUGGAAGUUCAAUUGCAAUAAAAGAAGGAUAUUUGAUUCUACAAUAAAAGCUGAAAAUUCCAAUAGUUCUUUCAACAAAAGUACAGAUGUAAUCUGGAAAUUGGACGCAAGUGGUGCAUGGGGUGUAAAUGUAAAUAAUAAAUCUGAAUUUCCACCUUUUGUACUACAUGCUGUGAAAAUAUUUGAAGAUUUUCUUCAAACAACAGAACAAUUAGUCUCACAAAAUUCUGUAAAUGAAAACUUUUCUGAUAAUGUAUCUAUGGAUGUAGAAUCAAGAAAGGAAACAUAUAAUGAAGGGAGACAAGACUGGUUAUGGUUGGUAGUACGUUGUAAUAGUAUGGAUGAACUUAUGCUAUUUGCAACUGGAAAAAACAUUAAUCGUUCUACAAUGGAUCGAUUGAAGCAAGUUUAUGAAUCUGGACCUGGAAAAGAUUGCAAUGUGAAGUCUCUUUAUUGCAAAUCUAUUGAUAAAUGUGAAGACUCUACUGUUACAAAUACAACAUUUUUGGUGGGAUCAGAAGCCUUAGAUGAAAUUGUAGGUGGGCUAAAAAUUCAACUCGCUCCGAAAACAAACUUUUGGUCAAACACUGCUGGGGCAGAAAAUGUAGCAAAUGCAGUAAUGGAUUUGCUUGCACCUACCCCCAGAACAACAGUACUUGAAAUAGGAUGUGGUAUUGGUCUCAUUGGGUUAAUGAUGGCUUCUAAAUGUCAACAAGUAAUAGGAGUGGAUUCUCCAUCAGAAGUAGAAGAAGCUGAAAUGACAUGUGAAUUGAAUAAUAUAAAAAAUGCUUCAUUUAUCAUGGGAUCCCCUGCUGAAGUAACAGCUAAAAUUAUUGAUGGGGUAAAAAAUCGCAAAACUUGUGCAAUAAUAAAUACAAACACUAUUUUUGGACGAGCAAUUGAAGUUAUGACAUGUCUCAGAAAAAUUCCAUCCCUCAAACGGAUAGUAAUGAUAACAACAUUAACCAAACAAUCAGUACGUGCUAUAUUAGAAUUAGCUCGACCUGGAGAUCAUAGUCACGGAUCACCGUUUAUUCCUGUUUUGGCUUGUGUUGUUGAUACUUUACCAAUUGGUCCCCAUUUUGAAGCAGUUAUUUUGAUGCAACGGCGAAUGGUAUAUAAAUUUAAUCACCUGUGGUUUCAAAAAAUUAUAGAAGAAAAUGUGAAAGAUCCAGAAUUUAAAAGCGCUCAAGGAAGAAUAGAUGAACAAAGCAUUAAUGGAACAGAUAAAAAAACAUCAGCCAAAGGAACUGAAUUACAAACUAAAAAGAACUUCAAUAAAUCAUUAGUAAAACAUCCUACAAGAAAAUCGAAAAUUUCAUUAAAGAAAGCACUUUACACGAAACAUGUUGAGAAUUUGUUUGCAAAAAAUAAAUUUAAAGGAAAACGUUCUCAUUCUCCAGAAAAAGGAGAAGUGCCUCCAAAAAAAUUAAUGAAGAAGUUUGGUAAAUUCGGUGCUAAACCUUGGCAUGCAGAUCUAUCAACGAAAAUAAAGAAGGAAUGGAACGUAGAAACUCCACAGUUACGCAUUAAUACUUCAUGUGAAAAGAAGAUGCGAGAACAUAAAGAGCAAACUGAUUUGAGGGAAAGAUUAUCCAAUAGUCGACUCGAUACAGAUAUAGCUCAAACAGUAAAGGAACAUCAAGCACUCUUAGAAAUAGCAAAAGAAAAGUUAAGCGGACCAGCACCGACAGUUGAUAUAAAUACUGCAAAAAAAUUACAGAAUAUGUUAAAUAUGGUUUUAGAACAAACAAAUAAACUCCAAAGUCAACUUCCACGUUCUGUUUGGGAUCGCAUAUCACCACCAGAUAAUGUGAAUUUGGAUCAAAGUGAAAAGAAACUAGAUGAUUCUCUCUUAAAAGGUCAUUAUGUUCAAGAAAUAGGUUCUCGAGAUAUUUUAAUUACAACACCAAAUCAGAAAUUUUUGAAUAACGAGGAAUCUAUGACAAAACCGAUUUAUAAAAAAUAUAACAAUUUGCCACCUUUAGAACCAAACACAAUCGUGUUAGUAGCACCAGCAACUGAUCAUAGGGGAGAACGACCUUUCCGUAUAACUCCAGAACGGUAUCAUGACUCUGACGUACGUCAGCAACAAAAUGAAGAAAAUUCUUGGAAUCGAGAUAAAACCUUUGAAAGAAAUCGUUGGAAUGAUAUGGAAAAUAUAAAAAAACCAAUCUCACCUAUGAGGAGACAAACUUCUCCUAAACGUCCAUUACUAUCGCCACCAAGACGUCCAUGCUCACCUCCAAGGAGACACUUUUCUCCGCUUCAUCGUCCCAUGUCACCUGUGUAUAGACAACGUUCUCCUAUAAGGUGUCAAAUGUCUCCAUUACGACGACCUAUAUCACCAUCAAGACGACCUGUGUCACCAAGGCGUCUAUCACCACCACGACGACAAAUGUCUCCCGUAAGGUGCAUUAUGUCUCCUUCUAGAAGACAGUCAUCACCAAUGAAACGGCCAGUAUCUCCUCCAAGAAGACAGAUUCCAUCUCCUAACCGAAUAAUGCCCCUUAAUAAACAGGAAAUGUUGCUUUCUAGACGACAGACAAUGUUACAAGAAAGACAACAAACAUCAACAAUGAGACGUGCAGAAUCACCACAAAGAUUUAUAUUUGAUCGUCCUACAUCACCAUCAAGAAAGCAACAAUCUCCUCAAAGACGACAAAUGUCACCGCAGAAGCUUGGUGAUGAGUGGGACAUACCAAGUAGAGGAGCCAUUGAACAAACUUGGACUCGACCUGUGGAACGGAUGCCUGAAAAGAAUAUUUGGCGUACUGAAAAAACAACUUCAACAUCUACUAACAAUUGGGAUCAAACUGCUUGUAAUGAACGACGUCGUAAAAUAUUCAACCAAGAAAAAUGGGAAAGUGAUAAAGAUCCUGUUCGUAAUGAUACGUGGAAUAGUAGUCCAAAUACUUGGAACUCCAAGCAAAUAAGUGCAAAAUCUACGAUGAAAGAAACAUGGUCGUCAAGUUUUGAUAAUAGAUGGUCAACAACAUCUAAUAUGCCUGGAAAUAGUAAUGAUAAUUGGAAUAUUCGUGGAAAAGAAAGUUUCACUAACUGUAAGGAACCUUGGGUAGACAAUAAAAAACAAGGAAGAUGGGAAUCAGUAAAUAAUGUUAAAGAAUCUUGGAAACAAUGUAACAAAGAAGAUGUAAACGACUUACCAGAUGAUGCAAAAGAUCCUUGGGGUGAUGAUGGUACUUCAGAUUUAAAAGAAAGGUGGCUUAAAUUUGAAAAUACAGCUUCAUCAUCCACAUGGGUAAGGGAAAAUAAACUACAAAAAAGAGAUGCAUGGGGAAAACUUGAAGAUAAUUGGCAAAAUAAAGGAGUACCUUUUCGUACAAAAUCUCAGUGGCAAAAUAAUGGCAUUCAAAAUGCUGGAGAACCGCGUUGGCUUUCUCAGAAUGAUAUUGAGAAGAAAACUUCAACAAGUGGUUGGCAAAGUGGAAACAAUGUAGGAUCUUGGAAAUUUCAAAAUUCAAAUUUUCAAUCACAACGUUCUUUUUCUACGACUCCGUUUAAAGGUUUAUAUUAA